AAAACCCUGUGUGUCUUAUUAAACACACCGUUCAUGUGAGACUCAAUGGAGCUUUAAUGUAUACAUACAGAUCUGAUACAACGUAACGACCUGGAUGUUUAUUCUCUGGAUUAGGUUCAAACAGCUGGAUUUUAAUUAGUCCGACUUCUUUUGGUGAAGUUUUCAUUUUCUCGCGAUGUCCCGUGCUUCGGAGCCGCUACCGAAAGCUCGCCAGGAAAGAAUGAAAGACAAUAAUGCAAAGAACAAAGAGAAAGAGCGGAUGAAGGCACGGGAGAAAGAGACGAAGGAGCGCGAGUCGCGUUACAGCAAUGGUCACCUGUUCACUUCCCUCAGUGUUUCUGCCACCACACUCUGCUCCGCCUGCAACAAGAGCAUCACUGCGAAAGAAGCCCUCAGCUGCCCCACUUGCAAUGUGACCAUUCAUAACCGCUGCCGAGACACACUGGCCAACUGUGCUAAGAUGAAACAGAAGCAACAGAGGCUGGCACUGGGCAGGAACACCGCAACUUUACAUAAUGUGGCCCUCCGCAGCAAAAAUCCAAUACUGAAGGAGAGGCCGAGUUCAGCCAUUUACCCAUCAGAAACACUGAGACAGUCUUUUCUUGGUUCCCGAAAAGGACGCUCUUCACUGUCCCUCAACAAGAGCGUCUCCACUAAUAACAUCGCAGGUAGUCUAAACGACGACUCUCCUAUUGGACUGCGGCGGAUUCUGUCUCACUCCACGGACUCUCUGAACUUCAGGAACAGAGCCAUGUCCAUGGAGUCCCUUAACGAUGAAGGAGAAACGUAUUAUACAUCAAUGAUGGAAGAGCUGGAGAGGGACGGGAAGGAUUUUGUGGCAGAUUCCUGGAGUCUGGCUGUGGACUCCUCUUAUCUACAGUCUCAACGCAAAGAUGUCAUCAAGAGACAAGAUGUCAUAUACGAGCUGAUUCAGACAGAGUUUAACCACGUGCGAACGCUGCGGAUCAUGGAGGGGGUGUUUCGCCGAGGGAUGCUGGAGGAGGUGAUGCUGGAGAUGGGUGUAGUUCACGGCAUCUUCCCCUGCUUAGAUCAGCUGCUGUCGAUUCACACAAACUUCCUGAGCCAGCUACUGCAGAGAAGAAGCAAUAGCCUGGCUUCCAACAGCAACCGCAACUUCACCAUUCAAAAGCUGGGCGAUAUACUGGUGGAGCAGUUUUCAGGUCAGAAUGCAGAAGACAUGAGGAAGUGCUAUGUGGAAUUCUGCAGUCGGCACUUGAAAGCUGUGAAACUGUAUAAGGAGCUGCUGGCCAGAGACAAGAGAUUCCAGCAGUUCAUACGGCGGGUAAGCAGAGGGUCUUUACUGCGCCGCCAUGGGGUCCAAGAGUGCAUCUUACUCGUCACUCAGCGCAUCACUAAAUACCCUGUGCUCAUGCAGCGCAUACUAGACAACACUAAAGGUAACGAAGAGGAGAGCAAAUCUUUGGCUCAGUCUUUGGCGCUGAUCCGGGAGCUCCUGUGCUCCGUGGACCAACAGGUUCAAGAGUUAGAGCGAGCACAGCGUUUGCAGGAGAUCCAGUCCCGUCUGGACCCACGAGCUGAGACCAAAGUUAAAGGUGGAGGAGUUUUUCACGGAGCAGAGCUGCUGCGCCGAGGCCUCAUUCAUGAAGGAGCGCUGCUGUGGAAAACUGCACAAGGCUCCAGACUAAAAGAUGUCCACGUUUUGUUAAUGACAGACGUCUUGGUGUUCAUGCAAGAAAAAGACCAGAAGUAUGUUUUUCCAACUCUGGACAAACCAUCAGUCCUGUGCCUUCAGAAUUUGAUUGUGAGAGAUAUAGCCAAUCAGCAGCGAGGAAUGUUCCUGAUCAGUCACUCCACACCUCCAGAGAUGUACGAGCUCCACGCCGCCUCCAAAGACGACAGAAACACGUGGAUGAAAAUCAUUCAGCAGACAGUGAGCAAUUGUCCAUCAAGAGAGGAUUUCCCCUUGAUUGAAACAGAGGAUAAAGCUUUGCUCCGCAGACUCAGAGCCGAUAUCCAGCAGAAGGAUCGUGAGGUUCUGGAGCUGUUACAGGAGCGUGUGACUUUGUUCUCUGAUUUGGUGGAGGCCACCGGAGGUCAGAAUGUUACCGUUCCCACAAACUCCAGAAAUAUAUUCCGAGCAGAUACGCCUUACGCUCCCCAGGCGGAAAAGCUACUGAAUGAAGCCAUUGUUGAGGUGGACAGGCUGAGUGAAGUCCUGUUGAGUUCCUGCAUUGAGCGUCCGCAGUCCUGCAGACUCAAUGGUGAACCCACAGAAGUACAACUUACCUCUAAAACAACAGACAAAGGAUCCAUAUCAGUUAAUGGAACUUAUGACACAAACGGCCCAUCUAACAAGGACAGGAAUGGGAACCAGCUGCUGGACAAAAUUUUAAACGAGGAGGUGUGCCAAAGACUUGUGAACCUCAGCACUCAGCUGCAUUCAAUACAGGCUGCAGUGAUCAGACAGGACUCAUUCCUGGAGGUGUACAUGCAGAAGGACUCGAGUCCCACAACAGGUAAUGCAGCUGGGUCUGAAGGAGAUUUUGCAGAGCUACAGCGCAAGUACAACCAACUACAAGGGGAAAUGAUUCGACUACAAGCCGCCCAGGACAAGACCAGCAACGGGAUACCAGUUCAAGACACGGCGAAAGGCCAAGACAAACGUGAGAAGUUGAUCUCAAAGGAAUCGGCAGAGCAGUUGGAUGGCAAGCAAGAGGAAGGAAAGAUGGUGAUGUCUCCUCGAGCGGACAGUCCCAGAGAUCUGCAGGAUAUCCCAGAGGAGAGUGAGUGUGGGACUGAAGCUCACAGUUAACAUCAGCUCAACUGGAAGAAUCAGACUUCACCUCCUCCAAAACUCCAGAAACUCACCUCAUCAGUCACGUCUGACUCGAGGCCUGUUCACAGCACCACAAAUAUUUAAUGCAAAAAAAAAACGAAAAAACAAUCCAGUGUGAUAAUCAUUAGAAUCUGAAUGAAUGACUGUUAAUGGGUCUGUUCAGAACGACACAAAAGACUACUUGCUGUUAAAGGAUUAGUUCCCCCUAAAUCAAAAUUCUGUCACCAUUUGCUUUGAAGUGUCAAGGAUUUUGGUUUGGGUAAAUAGACUUUUUUUUUUUUAAAUGGACAGAUAGAAUUCUCUUAGAGCACACUCACACUAUCCUAUCUGAACCGUGCCCAUGUGCGUUUGCUGGUUCGUUUGAGAAGUGUGAGUGCACUAAAUCGAGCUCAGGCGCUGUUCAGUUGGCCGACCCUGACCCGGUUGGAAGAGGUGUGCCAGAGCGCGGUUCACUUGGGCUUUGGCGCAGUACGCUUGUAGUGUGAGUGCAAAGCGCGCCUCAGCCUGAAACUGAAGAAGCAUAGUCACUUUAAGGGACUGUUUCUGAUGGAUUUAUUAAUCAUUCUUACUAUUCAAUGAACGCAAACUGUCGUAGAUUAUUAAAGACGUCAGCUGCACCUUCAGCAAACCUCCUAAUACCUGCAGCACGAUGACUUUGAUGAUUCUUUAUGAGCGUCAAAAGUGGCAGAUCUGUUCGGUGAAAUAUUUGACCGUGUGUCACUGCAUAUCAAACAACUAAAAUGAUAUAACUAAAGAAAUCUCCACUGUGCUGAGCGAGAGCGCUUCUCUUCUGUUAUACUGAACAGCGCAUCAUCAAUGACGUAAGCGUGCUCAGGCUCGAGGCAAUGUGAGUGUAGGCCGUCAGGGGAGAGGGAAGGGGGGACAAGCGUGCUUCGGCAUGGUUCAAGGCAACUGUACAUAGUGUGAGUACGCUCUCAGUUCUUAAUAUCUUCGGUUUACACAACAACUUCUUCAGCCAACAAGCCCAAGAAGCUGUUGGUUUACACUCCAGUGUCAUUUUUGGGAGUGAAAACGCAUACAUUUGAAAGUGAACGUUUUUGAAAACGCCACCAGUGUCAUGUCCAUGUAAACACCCAAAAACAAAAGUCUAUGAAAAUGAUAAUGUCACACUCAUGCAUAGUGUGAGCUUAAGGAGGCGAAUAUUAAAGGCAAGCGCAAACAAACAUACACAAGAAUAGUAAUUAUGGUGAUUCUGGCCUCUAACGAUCAUGAAAAAGCAUUAAUCUAGUUAAACUGAUUAUUGUGUCAUAAGCAGUCUGCAUUCGUUCCCCUUAACGUUUCACAUGGUAAUCAAUGAAAUCUUGUAGCGUGAAUUUGCAGCACAGGAUGUGCUUUAUUUAUUGACGUGUAUUCGAUUCCUUCAUGUUUCUUAAAGCAUGAAAGAGAAGUCGUGCUGUUCAGCCUCUGAGACCGUAGUCAUCUUAAGGUGAGCGCCUGAAUGGUCAAAUACAUGUGUCAAAACGCGACGCUUAGGGAUUUGUCACAUCAACCCUCAUUUGUUAUGAAGAAAUAACUGAACAUACAGAGUUCACGGCUUGUGAAAGUGAAACAUUAAAUCAGAAAUGCGGCGCUCUGAAAGCAACAAUACACUAUAUUCCCGCUGCAGUUUUUUAUCAUAAUUAAUCAAACAAAAUAGCCGAGUACAAAAUCUCUCCUCGCUCUUGAUUGAAGGACGCUUUAAUAAGAAACAAAUCAAGCUUGUUACAGCAGAAUAUAUUUUUAUUCUACAGUUUUUUUUCCUUUGCAUAUUUGUGAGAACUUUUUGUUAGUUUGUUUUUUACUUUGUCCCAUUCAGCUUCAGUAUUGCGAAAUUUAAGGAUCCUUGAAAUGUAGAUGUAAUAGCAACCUUAUUUACAGGGAGGAAAAAAAUGAUAUAUCUAAAUAAAUACAACUUUUAGGUCAUAUGUCCCACUGAUAAAUUGUUUUAAAUAAUCGUCGAUACAAUUAUGACCAAAAUAUUUUCCCAUAAUCGAGCAGCCCUAAUGGCAACUGUUUGCGAACGCUUCAACAAAGUGUGGAUUUACUUUGCAUUACAACCAAAAGUGGAGACAUCUUACACAUCGUCACUUGCCUACAGGUACUGUUUACUAAGAAAAUAAUGGCCUGGCAUACAUAAUAUAGCGUUUUUAGAUGUUUUUGCGGAUAUGUGUAAAUGCGGAUCAUUUUGUCAUGUAAAGAUGUAAACGUUUCAGGGAAAAACAUUACCGUUUUCAGCUAAACAUAGGCCCAAUCCCAGUUCUACUUUUGUUUUUUAAAGCAAGACUGUAAAACACGAACGCCAUUAUGAAUGUAUUUAAACUGGUGGUUGUUUGUUGUAAAAAUUCGUAAUGACAAAAAAAAAAAAAUACAAAUUUGUGCAUCUCCUGACUUCCGUGUGCAGCCAUUUUGCCGUUGUAGCUGGUGUAUUCUAGGAAAUUUUCGUACCUCUUGAUUUCGAGCGUGGUCCUGGAAAAUCUCAGUUUCAAGGGCUAUCUAGCCCUUAGCCCUACGCCUUCAAGCGAAAGAGAAUUGGGACACCCCUACCCCUUCACGUGAAUGAGCAAAACAAGGGGUAGGGGUAAGGGGAAGGGCUAAAGGGUAGAAUUGGGAUUGGGCAAUAGUCUUAAUUUGUAUUCUGAAGAAAAACCAGUGUCAUGGGUUUUGAAUGACAUUUUGAUGUUAAAGUGAACUAGGGCUGCACGAUUCUGGCUAAAAUGAGAGUCACGAUUUGUCGCUUAAAAUCAAGAUCACGUUUUUCUCACGACUCUGUAGAUGUAAAAUAAAGGUUAAUUUGAGUUGGCCAUUAUUAUUGUAAUUUCUCAAACAUAUGGUGAAACAAAAAUGAUAAUAUUAGGCCUACUGUUGGUUAAAAUGCUCAAUUUUGUAUAGACUUGGAAUGGUGGACUUGAACAGACUUUCAAUAUGUCCUGUUUGUUAAUGCAAAGUAAAGUGAUGGGAUAAGAGUACAACUAUUCAGAAUUCUGAAGUUGAAUUAAGAUGUUUGAGACAUGUGCUUGCCAUUUGUCAUUGAGAACAUUAUUAGACCAUUUGUUUUCACUGGUAAAAUCAGACAUUUGUCAUUCUCAGAUUCCCGCUUGCGUUAUAUUCAACGUUAUAUAGGCUAAAGUAGUUAUACUGACCUAGUAAACAUUUCUUCGUGUUCGCUUUGAAAGAAAAAACAUUUCAAAUGCUUGUCGUAAUCAUAACUGUAAAAUGCGAUAUAAUCACUUCAAUGAUGUGCGCAACGGUUUCACUUUCACUGCCGAGUGCGGUUCACGGCUGCCGUCACUUUGAGAAAAAAACACAUACAUGCAAAUCAUACUUCCCGCACGACUCCCAAACGAUCGCUGUGCAACAAACUGAACGUUAUUUACAACUUUAUUACCUGUUAUUCACAACCUAUGCAGGUUCUGUUCACUAAAGUAGGCAUCACUGGCGAAAUGUACAAAAAAACAAGACAUUUUUGGGUGAAUUAUACCUUAUAGAUACAGUAUGUGACACUUUUACCGCCAUUUGGAGGUGUCCACGUUGCUGUGAAGACUUGUGCAACCGCCUUUAUGCUUCUCUUCUGGCCUUGAUAAUGUAAUUGGCUGAAUCCUAGAAAAGCUGAAUUAAGAUCGUGUGUAGGAUCGAAUCGAGAUUGCAGUGUUUUUUCGAUUAAUCGUGCAGCCCUAAAGUGAACGAACCCUUUCAACUAAGCAGUGGAUCAUUUUUAAAGAGAUGGAUUUGAAUCUAUUUUCUAUCACACUGUGAAUAAUAGUGCCUAACCAAUGAGAUUUACUGGAUGACCAGGGUAUUUCUGCGUUCUCUAUAAGCACCACCUGCUCUCAAAGAGUGAUUUGGUGCGAUUUGUGCAUUUUCAGACUGUUUGCUGUUUUAUACAUUACUUGAACAGUCAAGUUGCGUGCAAAAAAAAAACCAUACCAAAUUUGUGUUGGCGUGAACAGGCCUUUACUCUUUAGAAAAAUGUUAAACAUUUUAUAUUAAACAUAGUUUAGAACAAGUAAGUCUUUUUAAAAAGAUUUUCACUGUUACAACAUUUACAAUUGUGCUAUUUAAACGGGUUUAUGGUGUAUUUUUACUUUAAUGACAGGACUAAAUGCUGAGGUAGAAAUGAAGGAAACUUUUGAAGAUAUUCUGGUUUCAUGCUGACCUUAGACACGUGUUUCAGGCUGUUGAUUGUAACGUUUAGCUAUAUUAUUGACCAUUGUUAGCAUGCUUCAUGCACAUGCUCUUCAUCCGCUGAAAAUAAGCAACAUUACGGUAAGGAUUACUAAAUGUAGCACAUUGAAGGCCCUGGUUAUUUGGCAGGAACUUGAAAAGGACUUUGAAUGCCAUUUCUGACCACAGUUUACCUCCAAGAAAUGCUUAUAAAUUAUAAACAGAGUUUCCUCCUGUACUGCUGAUAAGGAUAUUCAUGUUGAUAUUGAUAACAGAAGUGGGAAAAAAUGAUUGUGAAUUCUUUGGCCACUUGAAGUCACACUAAAGCUUUUUAAUGUCUUAUUGUUGAUAUUGUGUAUGUACAAAUGUUUUAAGUGUUUGGGGAUGAGAAGAACCCUUUAAACAUGGCUGUUAAAUCAUUGUUUAUAUAUAGCUUUUUUAUUCAUUUGACAUUGUACUGCGUGUUUAAAUAUAUGGCUGUAAUCAUGUAUUUCGUUGCUCUGCAUCUAUAUAAAUGCAUUGAUGAUUA